GAUCUUUUCAAUCAGGAACAAACAAUGAGGGAAGUGGUGAAUGUCGCACACCUGGACAUUCCUGCUGAGUUGUCCUCCUUACUCCAAGCAGCAGCAGCAGCAGCUGGUAAAGAAAAUCAGACUGAUUGUAUUAUCCAGAUUGAAACUCCACAGGUUCAAUCAGAGGAACAGCUAGUGAUGGCUCUUGAUAUCAACAACUAUCCUUUUUCCAACUUUGUACGGAUUCACUUCAAGAAGCACUUAUUUGGUAUGUUGACCACUCCAUUGGAUGAAGCGCUGACCCAAUCAGAAGAGGAUUUGAAAGAAGAAGCUGUUAUGGUCUUCAAGUUGGUAAGGCUCAAGGGAUUAACCGUUAGCAAACAGUGUGAUAUAACGGUGAUGUGCUGGCUGUAG